AUGCAUUUCGUGAGCAUUCUGCGAUCUGUACAGGUGUACUGUUCCCACGUUGAUGUAAUGGACAGCAUUCUGAACGAGCCCCCCCCGGAAGAAGGUUACUACACCUCCGAUUUCAGGACCGGGAGUGAGUACGGGAAACACCCACUGUUCCAGAGGGAACCCCGUGCUUUGCGCAUCCGUCUUUUCGCAGACGAUUUGGAUUACACAGACGCGUUGAAGGGAAACCAGGGGCGUCAUCAGACACUCGGAGUAACAUUCCAAAUUGAAAAUGUUGGGCCGAAAUACUUAUCAAACCAGGACUCAAUCCACCUUGCUCUGCUGGUGAGGACUCGCUGGGUAAAAAGGUUUGGUCGUGAUGUUCUGAUGAGGCCUGUACUGGACGAGCUCCGGGAGUUAGCCGAAGUUGGGGUUGAAGUGUCGGUUAAGGAUGGAAGACGGCAGCGGCUGUUUGGUGCUGUUGCCGUUUUUGUGGGAGACAACAAAGCUGUCCACGAGUUUGCCGGCAUGGGUGGGUUCAGCAGUGGGGAGGUUUGCCGUUUCUGCACGGUAGAUCACAGUGAACUGACCGACACAAAGUCAGAGGAUCAGUGCACCCUGCGGACCCACGCAGGGCAUUCGAAUCAGGUGGAGGCAGUUGUACGAUUCCCUGAGACUAAAGCAGCCUACCCCCACAUCAAGGGACCCUCAGUAUUACUGCAAAUUCCACAUUUCACUUUCCCAAAUCAGGCUCCUUUCGAUCCUUUACAUGACGCCUUGACUUCGUUCCUGGCUUUAACGUUGAAGGCGUGUAUACGCGGAUUACACAGGAAAAGGGCCGAUGGGGUGACCAAGGCCACUCUGCAGAAGUUGAGUCAACCUGUCCGUCAGGGGCCCCAGUACUCUGCAUUGCACGGCAGAACAUUGAGGCGGCUAAUUGACGGCUUCGAAUGGGGCCCCGCCGAGCGUGCAAACAAACCCCCACCCCUGCACUUUAAAGUGCAUCUGAAAGGCAUUAAGGGGGCAAAAAGGGACAUAAAGGGGUCGUGUGUGCAAAAGAUGAACCUCAUGUACAUUUUCAGCCUUGCUCUGGCUGGGUCUGUUCCGGAGGGAAACCCAUUUUGGAAGAUGCACCUCGCCGCUGUGAGGAUCGUCGAAAUCAUUCUGGCUGUCCGAAUUUCCAACAGCAUGCUGUCUGACCUGGUGCAUGCUGUGCGCCUGCACCAUGACUUGUGGGUUAAGCACGUUGGCGACCAGUACACCCCCAAAAUGCAUUACAUUAUGAAUUACGCCCUUCAAACUACCAGGGUCGGCUGCCCUCGGGUGGGACUGUGCUUGACCUUCGAGGGGUUUCACCUGUACCAGAAACGAAUUAUUGUAACCUGCAAUAACUUCACCCAGGUAACGAAAACCGCCUCAGAGAGAAUACAGAAAAAGCGCGCUCUCCUGUACCCCGGGGAAAAUUGUCUAAGGCAUCCCAUCGAUGUGACUUCCUGUCAGCGGGAUUGCCCCGUAAUUGCACUGCCACAUCCGGUCCGGGAGGCGUUGAUGCAAGAGCAUGGCGUCGAUGCGGGAGAGGUCCUGGGCUCAGUACUGCAGCUGAAAGUGCACGGUACUCUAGUACGCCGUGGUUCAUACAACGUUAUGGCUGCAGUCGAGAUUACUCAAACUGUAGUAUUUCUCAGAGUGGACCUGGUCGUGGUGAGGGGUGGGACAGCAUUUGCGUGUGGUUACAUGGUGGCCUCCCUUGAUUUUUCAAACCACAUUCAUGCUUUUGAAAUUCCAGAAGAAGAAGAAGAAGCCAACUUUGUAGUUGUCGAUGCAGCAUUGUUGCACCCAGCACAGACUCUAGAAGCGCACACCAUUGCUGGGAAGCGCUACUUGAAGUUGCGGCACGCCCUGUUCUGA